AUGUUCGUUAAUGCCCAAUCAUUCGUCGCCCACCACAGUGGAAGCGGGACGACAUCCUCAACGGCAAAGCCAGCCCCGAGAUCUGCUGUUCAUACGGCGUCUGCAAGGGUGAUGUCGUCGUCAUGA